CAAUAAAACCCUCAGGUACAUCUGCUUUGCAAUCUGCAAAUCCUCCCUCCAUCACCCCCCCUCCUCUCCUCCACCAGCCUCUCCAUCCUCCCACACCCACUCCCCAAAUCCACAGGGGACCUCGGCUCCUUCUGAUUGGUCGGGGAUGAGGCAACAAGGGGGCACGGGAACAAUGUCAUCAUGUCGCCUUAAAAAGAGUGCAGCUAUGUUGUGGUGAAAGCACCUCGGGAGGAGAACAGAGGAUCAAUAGCAGGAGGAAACAACAGAAAGGACGCAUCAGAUGUUUGUGUCCGCGAGCAGCUGAAAGUGGAUUUCUUCUCCCCGCAGCAGCAGCGUCCAAAGUGCCUUCAGCUCUCCGUCCAGCGCGAACAUGCCGAGAGGAUUUUUGGUGAAAAGGAACAAGAAAACCAACCCGGUAUCUUACCGGGUUCGGUCUGAGGAGGAGGAAGCGGAGCAAACAGCGGCUGACGCCCCGCCGCUGCCGCCGUGCUCCUCCGCGCCUCUGGCCUCCGACCCGGUCCGCGCACAGACGCCGACGCCCAGCUGCGGGGCGGCGGCAACAGCCCCGGAGCAGGACGCUAAGCCGGUUCAGUUCGGGAACCCGGAGGCGGUGUACCAGGCGCUGUACAGCCCCACCCGCCCUGUGAGCCAGGACCACGACCGCUCCUACUUCGAGAGACGCUUCAACCUCGGAUCACCGGUUUCCGCGGAGUCUUUCCCCACACCAGCAGCGCUCACCGCCUUGGACCACCUCUUCGCCCCGGUGGACCUGAAAAUCGGCUCCAGCAACAGCAGCCGCACCGACACCAGCGCUUCAUCCACCGGGACGCACCCCACCGCCGCGACCAAGCGGCCGUCCGGCGACACCGAGCGCAAAGGCAAACCGCCCUCCAAGAAAACCAAAGCUAUCCGGAAACUGCACUUUGAGGAUGAUGUCACCACAUCUCCGGUUCUCGGGCUCAAGAUUAAAGAGGCGCCGGUGGACCAGAAGCCUCCCAGACCCCAGCCCGCCCGAGGAGACAACAACCCGCUGGGCGAGUUCGUCUGCCAGCUGUGCCGGGAGGCGUACGCGGACCCGUUCGCUCUGGCUCAGCACAAGUGCUCCAGGAUAGUCCGGGUUGAGUACAGGUGUCCGGAGUGUGACAAGGUGUUCAGCUGUCCGGCCAACCUCGCCUCGCACCGGCGGUGGCACAAACCGAAGCAGCAGAGCGGAGCCGCCGGUGCGCAGAAUUUGGAGAGCGACAAGGUGGCCGCGUCCGGUAAAACUGCGCCGGAUGAAGCGAAGGAUUCUAGUGACAGGGACACACCCAGCCCCGGGCCGUCCGAGUCCGGCUCAGAGGAAGGGCUGUAUGAUUGUAAUCACUGUGGGAAAAAGUUUAAGCGCCAAGCGUACCUGCGAAAACACCUGGCGUCACAGCACGGCUCCCCAAAGCCGGCGGAGGAGGAGGACGCGCCGGCCUGCGAGCAGAGCGCGGCGCCGCUCAACCUGAGCUCCUCCACCUGUCACCUGUGUCCGGUCUGCGGGGAGAACUUUACCAGCAGAGGCAGCCAGGAGCGGCACAUCCGCCUGCUGCACUCCUCACAGGUCUACUCCUGCAAGUACUGCCCCGCCAUCUUCUACAGCUCCCCGGGACUCACCAGACACAUCAACAAAUGCCACCCGUCCGAGAACCGGCAGGUGAUCCUGCUGCAGAUGCCGCUGCGCCCCGCGUGCUGAUCCGGGACUUUGGGCAACCUUCACACUGUCAGACAACAAGAUGAAGUCCAGCCUUGUUUCUGAGAGGAUCUUAGAGUUACACUGCAAAAAAAUACCUCCCUUAUGAAGCAUUACUUUAUGUUUGUGCUCCUUAAAUCUGACUUUUUAAAUCAAGUGAAAGUUGAAUGGCACUCUGGUGAGAAACCCUCUGGUUGACUUCAGUGUUGAUGGAGGUGAUUUAUUUUGGUUUUUUGUUGCAAUUAUUUGGUUUAAAAAACUAAACACCAAAUUUCCAACUAUUUUUCUAUUUUAAGAAUAUGAACACAUUGAAGUUUAAUUGCAGAGUGUUUCCCUGUUUUUCUCUUAUUGUCGGACGUUAAACAAAAAGCAGAAAUCAAAGAAGAAUCAAGUGGAAUGACGUAAUGUUCUCACACAAACUGCCGCGUGACUGAGGUCAAUGAGAAAUGAAAGGGUUUUUUUUUUUGCAGUGUAAGAAAAUGUCACUAAAUGUAACGAUGAGGAAUCACAUGCACUCAUUCCUAAAGGUCAGAGGUCAGCCGCUCACCUGCAGCAGGCAGGAAUUCAGUGCCUUGCUCAAGAACACUUCAGCAGGUUCUGGGUGUGUGUUUGAACCCCCGGCCUAUAACCCCCCCCCCUCCCUCCUUUUUAAAGGAUCUUUGACAUCAUGUUUCAAACACUUAAAAAGCGUUAGACUGUUCAUUUAUUUUUCUAGCAUCUCUGCACAAGUGCUAUUAGCUUCUAGACCUAAGAGAGGGGACGACCUUUGGCCGAUAAAAGCAGAAUUCACAGGCCUGAACAGACCUUAUCUCAUCACUCUGAUUAGCUUUAACAUAGCUUGUGGAUCCGUGGAUCAGUAGCUGUUGCCUGAAAACAAAAAAAGAGUAAAACUAGUGUAGCCGGUAAUGCCUUUGGAUUAGAAACUCCUGCUGUAAAACUGCCUUAAACUCAACUGAUCUGAUUGUUUUUUGAUCACUUAUUUAUCACUGGCUGGGUAUGAUAUGGUUAUUUUCUACAAAGCCUUCUGUAUUACCACUAUACAGUAUAUCUGACUCAUUUGUUUUUUCUAUUUAUUUAUGUAUUUAUUAAAUUAUUUGUGUAAAUUAUUGCUGUGUUGUCGAAGCUGUGAUCCGUUGCUGUGUUUUUUCACGACGUAGCCAAAUCGUUUUUAUUUUCUUUAACUUAUAUUAAAACAGUGUGAGGACGGUGUGUUCAAGUGACAUUAUAGCAAUCAAUGAGUUUUUAUCAGCCGCUCUUGAAUAAUAACUGAAUGCAAUCAUGAUUUUAUUUAUAUUUUAUUUUUCCUUUUGGUUUCUUUGUUACCAUUAGCUCUUAUACUGCUUUGGAUGUUUCUGCAGUAUUUUGCUAAAUGUCCAAAAAAAAAUAAAAACCAAACUGAGAAACAA